AUGAUUGAAGACAAUAAGGAAAAUAAAGAUCAUUCCUUAGAAAGAGGGAGAGCAACCCUCAUUUUUUCCUUGAAGAAUGAAGUUGGUGGACUCAUAAAAGCACUGAAAAUCUUCCAGGAGAAGCAUGUGAACCUGUUACAUAUCGAGUCUCGAAAAUCAAAGAGAAGAAACUCAGAAUUUGAGAUUUUUGUGGACUGUGAUAUCAACAGAGAACAAUUGAAUGACAUUUUUCAUCUGUUGAAGUCCCAUACUAACGUUCUCUCUGUGAAUCCACCAGAUAAUUUUACUGUGAAGGAAGAUGGUAUGGAAACUGUUCCUUGGUUUCCAAAGAAGGUUUCUGACCUGGACCAUUGUGCCAACAGAGUUCUGAUGUAUGGAUCUGAACUGGAUGCCGAUCAUCCUGGCUUCAAAGACAAUGCUUACCGUAAAAGACGGAAAUAUUUUGCAGACUUGGCUAUGAACUAUAAACAUGGAGACCCCAUUCCCAAAGUUGAAUUCACUGAAGAGGAGAUUAAGACCUGGGGAACUGUGUUCCGAGAGCUCAACAAACUUUACCCAACCCACGCCUGCAGAGAGUAUCUCAAAAACUUACCUUUGCUUUCUAAAUAUUGUGGAUACCGGGAAGAUAAUAUCCCACAAUUGGAAGAUGUCUCAAACUUUUUAAAAGAGCGCACUGGUUUUUCCAUCCGUCCUGUGGCUGGUUACCUGUCACCAAGAGAUUUCUUAUCAGGUUUAGCCUUCCGGGUUUUCCACUGCACACAGUACGUGAGACACAGUUCCGACCCUCUCUAUACCCCAGAGCCAGAUACUUGCCAUGAGCUCUUAGGUCAUGUUCCCCUUUUGGCUGAACCUAGUUUUGCUCAAUUCUCCCAAGAAAUUGGCCUGGCUUCCCUUGGAGCUUCAGAGGAGUCUGUUCAAAAACUUGCAACGUGCUACUUUUUCACUGUGGAGUUUGGUCUCUGUAAGCAAGACGGGCAGCUGAGAGUCUUUGGUGCUGGAUUACUUUCUUCUAUCAGUGAACUUAAGCAUUCACUUUCUGGACAUGCCAAAGUAAAGCCCUUUGAUCCCAAGAUUACCUGCAAACAGGAGUGUCUCAUCACAACUUUUCAGGAUGUCUACUUUGUAUCUGAAAGCUUUGAAGAUGCAAAGGAGAAGAUGAGAGAAUUUACCAAAACAAUCAAGCGUCCAUUUGGAGUGAAGUAUAAUCCGUACACACGGAGUGUUCAGAUCCUGAAAGACACCAAGAGCAUAACCAGCGCCAUGAAGGAGCUGCAGCAUGAUCUCGAUGUCGUCAGUGAUGCCCUUGCGAAGGUCAGCAGACAGCCGAUCAGCUGA